UUCGUGAUUUUGUUUGUUGUUGGGUUUUCAAAUUUUAUUAUUGACUCUUUAUUGCAAUAUUCGCAAUGGAAUCAAAAAAGAGAGAACGUGCAGCAAAUUUUAAUAAUGCUGAAGUGCAGUUGCUUGUAAGUUUAGUAGACAAACACAAACAAGUUAUUGAGAACAAGAAGACUGAUGCAGUGACUAACAAAGACAAAGAUGCGGUAUGGAAAAAAAUUGAAACUUCCUUCAAUUCGUGUGGUAUAUCAACGAGUAUCCGCACAUGGAAAACAUUAAAAUUAAAAUAUGAAGGUAUAAAAAAAGUUACCAAGAAAAAGUCUUCACUGCAACGGCAGGAAAUGUACCGAACUGGAGGAGGACCAUCAAAUGCUCCCGAUUUCAACGACGUUGAGGAAAAGGUGCUUAGUAUUUGCACCAAUAUCACAGGGUUGGAAGCACGUCACGACAGUGAUACUAUUAUGAUACCUAUAACCUAUGAUGAAAGUGUGGACGCAACGGAGAUGAACUGUGAAAAUCAAAAUGAUGUAGAGAAUGUUAACAAAAUACCAGAUAUGGACCAGUCAUUGACCCCGAAAAGAAAUGUAGAGGGCAAUGAAUUUAUAAACGAUAUAAUGGACCACUCAGUUAUCCUAGAAAUAAAUAAAGAAGAAGACAAUGAAUCUCAAAAAGAAAACAAAUGGGUAAAUUGGCAUCCAAAGGAUCUCAAAACAAAGAUGUCAAAUAUUAUAAAAAUAGACAAAGUCUCCAAAGCGAGUGUAACUGGCAGACUGGAUAAGUUAAGUGCAGCCCGAUUGGAACUCGUACAGCUGCAAAUCGAAACAACAAGGCAGCAACAUCAGUUCACAGAAGAUGAACACAGACUGAAAAUGUUGCAUCUUGCUAAUGAUGAGGCAAGAAAGCAAAAAAUUCAUGAAUUGCUUGUACUACAAUUAAAAAAUAACAGUAGCGGACCCGUUUUAAAUGACAUGGUAUAGGGAUACCCAUGCUUACCUAGACAGUCAUUAUAAUAUUGCAUAUUUCUGUACGGUUUAAGUUCCUACCUAAUUAUAAUUAUUAUUAAAAUAAAAAUAUUCAUU